CGUGCUCAGGCAUAUUGUGUCACCAAUAUCAUCAAAUAUUUAUUUAUUUUUCUUCAACCAACCCCUGGCUUGUUUGGAAAUGGCUCUCUAGUGUAAAGAUGGAAUUUAGAAAAUCAGAACCGAAUGUUAGAAAAGAAGCGUAAGAAGGAAGUAUGCCACACACUUUAUUUAUGUUGUGGUAAAUCUUGAGUAUUUGGAAAUGUUGACGUGUGUGGCGCAAGUACUCCUAUAGUCUUGAAGUAUUGAAUUCAGCUAGAAAUAUAACCUUGUAGCUAAAACUUACUUCUCCUCACAACAUUGUCCUCACUAUCCAUACAACAGUUUUGAACUUUCAGUCUUUGAGAAUGGUACUCUGCGUCAACAGAUCGGCCCUUGAAGAGGCUCCCCCAGAUAUGGCUACGCUGUUUCACAUGCAUCCUGGGUAUAGAGAUUCUGCAGCCCUCCUAAUUUCCAUUCCAACUAAAGUAGUUGGACCUGCUGGUCUUCUGUACGUCAUUGAACGGGAACUUGCUGCAACUGUUCCUCAAGACAAAAAUGUUAACAUUCUUGGUUCUGAUAAUGCUACAACUUGUAUUAUUGUAGUGCUUCGUCACACUGGAUCAGGUGCAGUUGGCAUCACUCAUUUACACAGCGUUGGAAGUGAAGACGGAGUAGUGACACUCAUUGAAAGGGUACGAGAACUCUCUGUAGGUUUCCCUGAAGGGCGCCUUGAACUUAAUUUGAUCGGAGGUUUUGCAGACAGUCGCAACUAUUCUGAGGGUGUUUUCCAAAACAUAAUGCAUGCAUUCCACAAACAGCCUUUGGAAGUGGAUCUCAUCCUUGCCUGUGUGGGGGAAGCCAAUACAACUGUCAGAGAAGGAAUUCGCUGGCCUUUUAUUUGUGGUGUUGGCGUUAAUAUCAAAACAGGGGAGAUUUUCCCUGCAACAUUUCCUGACCGAGGACCAGAACUGAGUUUGCGUUGUGCUCGUCAUUUAACUGGAGGACACCAGGCAAAGGUUUUGGAUGUGUAUGACUGUAGUAUGGGCUUGCAUCGAAUUGGACCUUUCAACUAUGAACCUCUGCGUGGUGUUGAUUUAUGGCUUGAGCAGUCAGAUGAAUUCAUUCUCCAACAUUUAUCUACAUCACCCGAAGUGGAAACUCCCUAUUUCUCGUCCAUGAUUCGUCAAACUUUGAAAUACAUUCAAGAUCACCCAUUUCCUGCUGUCACUGUGUUCAGGGACAACAGACCACAUUAUUACAAACGAGAUGAAAUGACUGGGUUUUGGGUGCCUUUUCGGUUCUGAGUACGAGUUCCUCUGUACCUAUUGAUUGACCAACCUCUUCAAAUUGUUGGAUUGUUGUCUUCUAUAAACAUUCAACUUUAAGAACAAAUGUUCUAAAAUUAGAAAGACUUUUUCAUGUUACACAGUUUAAGAGAUGUGCCAAAUUUAUCUUUGAAAGUUGUUGCGAACCAGUGUACUCUAUGUGAUUUUAUAUUGUAAGUUCAGUCCCAACAAUUCUAACUGUCUGCAUUCUCAGUUUCAUUUCUUAUUUCCCCUUUGCUCUUUGUCUUACUGGACUUUUUAUUUUGUUUCAACCAAGCUGAGCUAUAUUUUACCUUCCUUUUAAUGUAUGGUCAAGAUCUGAGUAAUUUUUUGUUUGUUUUGUCUCUUUUCUGAAGAUGCUUACUACCCACUCAGCUUGUUGAAAAUAGUUCAUAGCAAAAUGUCUCAAGUGACUGAACCAAACAAAGAUGUGACUUAAUAAAAUCGAAUCGGGACCAUAGUUGUGUUAAAAAAGUGGCAGGUCCAAAGAACAAAUAUUGUUAUUUGAAACCUUGUUUUAUGUCUCAUAGCUCUUUUUACUGUUAUUUAGGUGAUUGGAUAGUUUUAAGAGAAAUCAUACUGGCCAAACUUGCUGACUAAUUUGAUGUGUGUAAAUGCAUUUUUAAUAUUAUGAGAUACUUGCACUGCAUAAUUAUUUUUUAUGUUAUGUGAAAGAAGAGCUGAUAUCUAUCUCAUCAUUGUGUUGGCUGGAUCUGACAUAUUUCAAGUCAAAUGAAUCUCCAAAACAAAAAUUUAAUGUAUUUAUUUAAAUUGUUCUGUUAUACUUAUUGUCCCUGUUGGGCAAACAUGGGUGUAUUUCGUUUGUUGUUUCAAAAAGAGGUCAGGUUUCCUUACCCUAAGACUUUGUACUUUUAAUGACAUCUGUUGUCCCUUUCCGGUAAGGGUGAGUGUGUUUCAUAUGCUGUUUUUAAAAGUUGUCAAUCUUCUAAUUCUGGAUGAUUCAGAAAUUAUUUUUGUUGAUGUGGUCUAGGCACAUUGUUGUUAAUUUUCUUUUCUGUUACAUUUUAAUGUUUCUUAUAUUUGUGGUUGAAUAUUGUAAGUGACUUCCAGCAAGGAUAGUUUCAAAUGCUUGGAUCUCAAAAUAAUUGAAAGAAAGGCAUUUUAACUAUCUUGAUGUCAGUCACUGCAAAUAUAAAUACAGCUUGUAUGAGUGCCAAAUACAAAUGCUAUGAACUGUCCUUAUUUUUUAAAAGAGAAAUAUUUAUUUUUGAACCUUUGUUAACAUAUAUUUCUUAUAUAGAACCCUAUUUUAAAGAUGUGGUUGUGACCCUUGUUGGUGAAACAUUAAUGUUAUAUAAAUGGUUUUUCCAUGUUUCAAAAUGUAUCCUGCCAUAAUUUGUAAAUCUUUCAUAUAUUUACUAUAUGUAUUUUAGUACAUGGCAUUGUACAGGAUUGAAGUGAGUCUAGCAAAUAACAUACACAUAAAUAUAUUUUUUUAGUGGACAUUGAUGCACAUUGACCUGGCAUUAAUAAAUUUUGCCAAAUGUGGACGUGAUCAGCAAUAGUUGUGUAACUUUUUUUUAAAAAAAUGUUUUUUCUUUGUUGAGUAUGUUUUAGGAAUAAAAUAAAAAUUGAUUUCCUUAUUGUCUCUAUUGUCUGUGUUGAAGUGGAAAACUACAUUUCUGUGUAGUUUGCAUAGCUUCUUUACGAGACGUGUAUAUGUGCCUUUGACAUGUGUUUCAGAUUGUUCUUGUACUGUGAAAUCAAAAUAAAUGAAAGUUGAACACAA